UGUAUGAAUUGAAUUGGAUUCGUAUUGAAUUCAAAAAAAAAAAAAAAAAAAAAAACCACACUUUAAUGAUAUCAGAUCCAAUAUGAGUAAAAUAAUAGGAAUUUGGAUUGGAUCCUACAUCUUAUUAAUGACUGAAUACAGAUAUGGUCUUUUUUCUCAUUUACUACUCAAAAGGAGAAACUCAAUAUUUCUCUAAACACACUCACAACAAUGACACAACAACCCAACACCGCUUCACUAAGCUUCUUUACCGAUGACAACUUCAAGCGCGUGUUCUUCACUCUCUCGGCUGCCGCCGUCGUCCUCCUCCUAUUCAUAUAUCUCAAAUUACGGUCUAAUCGGGCCUCGCCACCGUUACCGCCAGGCCCACGUGGGUUACCCUUACUGGGCAACCUUCUAUCUCUGGACCCGGAGCUCCACACCUACUUCACCAACUUGGCCCAAAACCACGGCCCAAUACUGAAGCUUCAGCUGGGGAACAAGGUCGGUAUAGUCAUCACCUCACCUUCUCUGGCCCGAGAAGUUUUGAAAGACAACGACGUCGUUUUCGCCAACCGCGACGUCCCAGUCGCCGGUCGUAUCAUCACCUAUGGCGGAUACGACAUAACAUGGACGCCGUACGGUCCCGAAUGGCGUAUGCUCAGAAAAGUCUGCGUUCUCAAGAUGCUCAGCAACACUACCUUGGACUCCGUCUACGAGCUCCGGCGUCGGGAGGUUCGGAAGACAGUCGGGUACUUUUACAGUCGGGUCGGGUCUCCAGUUGGAGUUGGGGAACAGAUGUUUCUGACCAUUCUGAAUGUGAUUACGAAUAUGCUUUGGGGUGGGUCUGUGGAGGGAGAGGAGAGAGAUAAGUUGGGUUCGGAGUUUCGGCAGAUUAUUUCUGAGAUAACUGAGCUUCUGGGUAAGCCUAAUGUGUCUGAUUUUUAUCCGGGUCUGGCUCGGUUUGAUCUGCAAGGGGUCGGAAAGCAAAUGACUAAGCUGGCUCUUAGAUUUGAUAUGAUGUUCGAGAACUUGAUUGCUCAACGGUUGAAAGGGGUUAGUGAGAGGAGAGAUUUCUUGCAGUAUCUGUUGGAGUUGAAAGAAGAAGUUGAUUCUAAAACUCCAUUGACAAUUAUCCAAAUCAAAGCCUUGCUUACGGAUAUGAUAGUGGGUGGAAGUGACACAUCCUCUAAUACAAUCGAAUUUGCCAUGGCUGAAAUCAUGAACCAGCCAGAGAUUUUAAAGAAAGCCCAAAAAGAGUUAGAAGCUGUGAUUGGCAAAGACAACAUAGUAGAGGAGUCUGACAUUCAUAAGCUACCUUACUUACAAGCUGUGAUGAAAGAAACUCUGAGGCUGCACCCAGUUCUACCAUUGUUAGUGCCUCAUUGCCCAAGUGAAAGUUGCAUUGUGGGAGGCUACACCAUUCCAAAAGGCUCUCGGAUUUUCAUCAAUGUUUGGGCCACACAGAGAGACCCUUCCAUCUGGGAGAAUCCCCUCAAGUUUGAUCCGGACAGAUUCUUGAAUGACAGUAAAUGGGACUUCAGUGGAAGUGACUUUAACUACAUCCCAUUUGGGUCUGGUAGAAGGAUAUGUGCAGGGAUAGCCAUGGCUGAGAGGACGGUGGUGUAUUCACUAGCUACUCUUUUGCAUUCUUUUAACUGGGAAUUGCCUCGUGGAGAGAAAAUGGAUCUUGAAGAGAAGUUUGGGAUUGUGUUGAAGAAGAAGAUACCUCUAGUUGCCAUUCCUACUCCAAGAUUUUCGGACCCAUCACUAUAUAGAUAACUACUUGAAUGUUGAGUGUAGUAUAUCUGAAAGGCUUAUGUUUAUUUGGCUAUGCAAUGUAAAACCGUAAAGAUUAGGGUGUUCAUCCAAUCCAACUCAUAUUAUUUUACUCACAGUGCAUUUGAUCAGAGUGGAUUUUAUAUUUUGGAUCUAACUUAAUUUACAAAAAUGCGAAUUGAAUUGAU